AUGGCCCGGAGCACGUCCCGAAGCAGGUCUCGACGCAAACGCAGCCGGUCCGGAAGGAAAACUGACCGCAGUCGCUCAAAGAAUGGGAAGAAUCGCAGGUCUUCAGAAAGUGCAUCUCGAGCACGGUCACCCUCGCCAAAGCGGCGUGCAGCACCAUCUCGAUCAAAAUCUCGGAGAGCUGCUCGAAAGCAGCGGUCCAAAACUCCCGAGCGGGUGCCGCCAACGAGUUUUGCAGACUAUGAGCCGUCUCCGGAUGGAAGUGGAUGGUAUGUGUACAAAAAAACCAGCAAAUGGAAAUUUCAUCCAGAAACUGGGCUCUACCUGCACAUCAAAAGUGGUGUGUAUUACAUUCAAAAGGAGGGGGAUCCCAAGAAUUUCCGAAAGAUUGAUGAUGAUGACGACCCGAUCGUGAGGAAGAUGAAGCAGUCUGAAGAAAUGCGAAAGGCCAUUCAGUCCACAGAAUUUGUUCAGUUUGGUGAGGGUAUUGCGCCCGCUCCACGGCCACCCGAGAAGGAGAAAAACUCAGAGCCAGAAAGUGAGAAGAAGGUAGAGGGGAAGGUCAGAGAGUGGAAUGCAGAGAAAGGUUUCGGCUUUAUCAUUCCCCUGAUCAAGGAGGAUGAAGAAACUCCAAAAAGCAUUUUUGUGCAUCUUUGGAACGUGGUCGGCAGCACCAGCAAAAAUCCAAUAAACUUAAGAGAAGGGGCACGGGUGCUUUACAAACUUGGAGAGCAAGAUGGUAAACCUCGUGCCCAAGAAGUUGUUAUGCUAGGCAAGGACGGAAAGCCAUUGCCUGUGCAUGCUGGGGCACAAAAUUUAGAAGAAAAAAGAAAAAGCUAUUUUGUUACUGCAGAUACUCUGGGUGUCCGAGUUCAUGCUGAAAGCUGGCCGGGGAAGCAAAUUGAGUUGCAGGACAGGUUCACACAAGAUGAGGCGAUGGAUGAACUGGGUGUUUACUUCGGGGUCUUUGAUGGCCACGGUGGAGCUCAAGUGUCAGAACUGGCAGCGAGGAACCUGCACAGAAAUAUCCUGGCCUUUUUUCGCCAGAAAGCAGUUCAGCCUGCAUCCAGGGAUGAGAAGUUAAAGAUGGCUGUGAGAGAAGCCUUCUCUCACACAGACAAGGAGAUCUUGGGGUUGUCAGAGCGGAAGAAGUUUGAUUCUGCAGGGUCAACCGCUGUUUGCGCAAUGCUGCAUGGAAAUCCAAAGCUCGGAACAGCGCUACGAUUAGUGCUGGCCCAUGUUGGGGAUUCCAGGGCAAUUCUUUGCAGAGCUGGACAGGCAGUUCAAGUGACAGAGGACCACAAGCCAGACAGAAUAGACGAGAAGAAGCGUAUUGAAAGGGCAGGAGGCCUGGUUUUGAAUGUGCGAGGGGCUUGGCGAAUUGCUGCCCCCGCUAACCCUCGAGGCUCGACGAAGUCUUCCCGCCGUGAGUACCAAGGCCUGUCCAUUACACGCUCCUUGGGAGAUGCUUGCUUCAAGAAUCCGGCGUUGUCCGCAGCAGAUCCUGAAGUUCGAGUUCUUCCCAUUACAGACAAAGACCUUUUCGUAGUUUUGGUGACGGAGGGCGUUACUCGUGCCCUCUCCAAUCAAGAUGUCGUCGAUUGUGCUAGCAAGCACUGGGACGAUCCUGAAGAGGCAGCCAAGAAUGUCGUCCGCACAGCAUUUCAGAAGGGCAGCGAUGAGAAUCUCACAGCUCUUGUGGUGCAGUUCGGGUGGGCUGACAAGCACACCCCCAGAUAUAUAGAGAGAAGACGUCAAAUGGUUGCGCAGGGCGUGGAGGGUGGGAGCCCAGUGAUGAAGCCAGCAGCAGCCAAAGAGAUCAAAGAAAUAUAUACCGACAAGGCAGUGGAGAAGGAUGAUUUUGACAUGUUCGGCUAA